AUGGCUUCCGAGACUCAACCACUGCUGCAGCCUCCGUCUGACCCGACCGAGGUCGAGCAGGAGAAAUGGAACUCGUCCAAGGCGAAUGUCAGCCGCACUGUGGCCACUUUUUGGAGCUUUCUGGUGAUGGGAGCGAAUGAUGCGGCCUAUGGGGCAUUGAUUCCAUAUCUCGAAUCGUACUAUGAUCUCUCCUACACCGUUGUCUCGCUCGUCUUUCUCUCCCCAGUCAUCGGAUAUCUUCUGGCUGCCGUUCUGAACAAUCCCAUCCAUACCCACUUUGGUCAGCGUGGUGUCGCCGUGCUCUCUCCAGCCUGUCAUCUCAUCGCGUACGUCGUCAACUGUCUCCACCCGCCGUAUUAUGUCCUGGUGAUUUCCUUCAUGUUUGCUGGAUUCGGAAAUGGCCUCGAGGACUCCGCCUGGAAUGCAUGGAUUGGCAACAUGGCCAAUGCGAAUGAGAUGCUGGGAUUGCUCCAUGGUCUGUAUGGCGUGGGAGGUGUGUUGAGCCCGCUGGUCGCGACCUCGCUCAUCACCAAGGCCAGUCUGCCAUGGUAUUAUUUCUACUAUAUUCUGAUCGCCUGUUCGGUCGUGGAACUCGUCAUUUGCACGGUCGCGUUCUGGGAGAAAACCGGACAGGUCUUUCGUGAAGCGACCGCGCAGUCCCACGAUGCCGACCAGGGUGGACUGCGACAGGCGUUAUUCCGCCGCCCGUCUGCGCGAAUCACCUGGAUCUGUGCUGUUUUCCUGCUGGGAUAUGUCGGAAUUGAAGUUGCUCUGGGUGGAUGGAUUGUGACGUUUAUGAUACGCGUGCGCCAUGGCAGCAAGUUCGCCAGUGGAAUGGUGGCGACCGGCUUCUGGCUGGGCAUCACGAUCGGUCGGGUGGUGUUGGGGUUUGUGACACCUCGCAUUGGAGAAAAGAAUGCUAUUUCGAUUUAUAUCCUCUUCUCCAUGGCCUUCAACCUCGUCCUCUGGCUGAUCCCCAACUUCUUCGUCUCCGCCGUCGCCGUCUCUUUCCAGGGUUUCUUCCUGGGCCCAUUAUUCCCUGCGGUCGUAGUCGUCACCACGAAACUACUCCCUCCCCGUCUGCAUGUCAGUUCGAUUGGAUUUGCCGCUGCUUUUGGAGGAGCAGGAGCUGCUAUUCUGCCCUUCUUGGUGGGCGCAAUCGCGCAGGCCAAGGGUGUUGCGGUGUUGCAGCCAUUUAUUCUUGUGCUGCUGGGGGCGAUAUUUUUGCUGUGGCUGGGAUUGCCCAAGGAGAAGAAUAGCGCAUAA